GCGUGCUACACAGUUUCUCCUCGACCUGUUUCCACGUUUGCUUUUUGACUACCCUAACCUCGGCGACCUUGAUUUGACUGCCUCAUUUCACCAGACCUUUUGCACCGCUGGUACGCGCAACAGAGUGCACAUUAUGAGCAACGAGGCCACAGCAUCCAUGGACGACGAACCUCGUCGGGCAUCGAGCAGAAUCCCAGCUCCCUUUGCUGGAUAUCGCCCGUUUCCUUCAGUCCUCAACCUCUACGGCAAUUUCUCGGGGGUCCUCGACGCACUGAAUACGUUCAAACUUUGCGGCGCGACCAAGAACGAUCUCCUAUAUGUUGUCGAGGUACAUCACGGCUUCACCUCCAGAGGACCGCUUCAUUUCAGGCGCGGCUUCUACCUACGGAACGGAACAAGCACCGACGCCCCUAUCCUAGCAGCCGCCGGCGACGAAGCUCGCGAACCCCUUCUCAUGUCAACCUUCAGCGUCAAAAGCUUCAUCAUGAUGCCGCCACUGGACAUUGAUGUGAACCCCCGCGACCUGGUCACCGAGAUCAUGUACGCCACAAAGUCCAGCGACGGCGCCGUUUCGUUUCGCUUCGCCAUCGAGGUUGGCCCCAGGAUGAAGUACCGAGAGCAGUUUGCGUGGAAGAAGGUUGAGACGGGCAGCGCCCACAGUGGGUUCAUCCUCGUUCGGCUGGGCGCGCGGUCCGCUUCUCCGUCGCCAACUCCUUCGGCACAAGAGGGAACCGAAAUACUCGCCGAGCUUCUGUUCCGCGGCAACGUGAUGUCCUGGAACCACCUGUUCUCGUUGGAGCUGAAGGGGGCCGGUUGUUCGGGAGAGAUGGGGGACCGUUGGACUCUUAUGGUUGUCGUCACUGCGCUUAGGCUUUAUUGGUUGCGUAUCUAUGGCAAGACUAACAAGGUUGUCGUUGGAAUUGGGCAGAAGCUUCGGGGUGAUUAGUUCUUGUCCUUGGCCGGUUGAGAGCAGGUCCUGGUGGCAGCUUGAAAUCAGAAACAGCCAGAACGCAGCCUUGCUUGGGUUCUCCAUAUCUGCCAAGGUCUUAGACCACCUGAGUCAGGGGCUCGUUUGGGAAUGGUGGGAGACGGGCUGUUGUUAUUGUGCUUUUGACACGCGGAGGUCUGUGGUUUAAUGGCAAGCGAAUGUACACAACCCGUUCGGUUGAGCCAGGAAGUGUGGGUGUAGGAUCACAGUCAAAUGCCUGGCGGGUUGGCCUGGCUUCAAGCUCUUUCAAGCCUUGAAGUUUCUCCUUGGCUUUCAGGGAUAGGGGGCGUGAUUAAUGUGUUUCGCAACCCUAAAAGCUCGGGAAGACGAGAAGAUGAUCUAGGCUUGGGAGACAUUGAGACCCGAGGUGCGUAGAACCACAGCCUCGCCGAAUGAGUAUAGAGAUUUCUCGCUGGGA